UUAAAAAAUUGCGAAAAUAAUUGCUAGCGACCCCAAUUCACCUCAAAAUAUUUGCUUUUUAUUUAAGCUUGCCCACCUCCCUCAGCACAACUUAUCUUAGGUACUUGUCUUCUAGUGUUUUCCUAAUAAUAUAACGAAAGGAACUCAUUCUACUUGAUCUAAAUAGUAAAAAUCCUAAUUACCAAAAAAAAAAAAAAAAAAAAAAUACAAAUGUCCAACACUUCUUCACCCUCACCCUCAUCCGCAGCCAUGCUUCCCCCGGAGCUCACCCUCAUCGUGGCCGCCACCCGCACCAUGGGCAUCGGCCGCAACGGCACGCUGCCGUGGACCGGCCUCCGGAAGGAAAUGGCGUACUUUGCGCGCGUGACGAAGCGGCCGGCACCAUCCUCCUCUUCCUCUUCCCCUUCUUCUUCUUCUUCUUCUUUAAACGCCGUCAUCAUGGGCCGCAAGACCUGGGAUAGCAUCCCGCCUCAAUUCCAGCCGUUAAAGGGACGCCUCAACGUCGUCGUCAGCCGGUCGCAUCCUAGCCUUCCCGCAUCCGCUCCGGCUCCGGAGCAGCAGCAGGAGGAGAAGGAGAAGGAGGGCCCGCUCAGAGCAAACUCCCUGGACCACGCUCUCGCGCACCUCGCGGCCGCGGACAACGUCGGCCGGGCGUUCGUCAUCGGCGGCGCGCAGAUCUACGAGGCGGCGCUGCGGCGCGGGGAGGCGCGCCGCGUGUUGCUGACGCGGGUGCUGGCGCCGGAUUUCGAGUGCGACACGGUGUUCCCGCUCGACCUACGGGAGAAGGAGGGGGAGGGGGAGGGCAACGGAAAGAGCGGCUGGGUGAAGAGGUCGAAAGAAGAGCUCGAUGCUUGGGCUGGGGAGACGGUGCCUGGCGGCGUGCAGGAGGAGAACGGGACGAGGUACCAGUUUGAGAUGUGGGAGAGAGUUGAUUGAUUGAUUGAGCGGCCUGGACCUAGUGUCUGUCUGUCUGUCUUACUUUUACGGGUUGGUCUAACUAUAUGUACUUGCAAUACAUAUAUGUAUAUUUAUUUACAAGAAGAAGAAUAUAUCUCUUCAUGAGAUCAUUUAUCUUUUCUUUUUCUUUUUCUUUUUUUAUUGCGCAAGA